UUGAAACCAGACAAACACAGACAUGUCUUCUCUUUAUAGUGCCAAUGAUACAACACCGGACAACUUGUCAACUAUGUCAACUACAGAGAACACUAUAGCUUGUGUGAUCCUGGGUCUGUGUUUCUUGGUGGGCACACCUGGGAACCUACUGGUGGUUUGGACCAUCCUGAAGCAUGUGAAGCACCGCUCGCACACGGUCGUGCUCAUCCUUCAUCUAGCCGCCGCAGAUCUUCUGGUGUUGAUCACUCUGCCUCUCUGGAUCUACUCGCUGGCUCAUUCCUGGGUGUUUGGAGAAGCUGCCUGCAAAGCCAUGGUGUACAUCAUCAAUGCCUGCAUGUACUGCAGCGUCUUUCUCAUCACCAUCAUGAGUGUGGAACGCUUUCUGGCUGUCAGAUACCCUUUCGCCUCAGCUGGCUGGAGAAAGAAACAAGCACUGAAUAAACUACUACUUGUGUUGUGGAUAGUUUCGUUUGCCUUGAGCAUUCCUGUUAUUGUAACUCAUACUUUGGGUCAUCCACCAGAGCCAGUUCAGUGUACAUUUAAGGAGUACACAUCUGAGACGCAGGAGGCUGUGUUGCUCACUUUAGAAACUCUUAUAGGCUUCGUCAUUCCUUUUAUCACGUUAGUGGUCUGUUACGGCUGCCUCUUCAGUCGCAUAGCGCUCAUGAACUUCAAGUCCAAGCGUAAAUCCACGGUUCUAAUCUGCAGCGUAGUGGUGAUGUUUGGAAUCUGCUGGAUCCCACAUCAUGUGACAAACCUUCUUUCCCUCAUUGCACUCGCUGUCAAGUCUUCAUAUCCUGAAGUGUCAAACAACUUGGAGGACACCUGUAUGACAAUGACCUUAAUAACAGGAGCUCUGGUGUUCAUCAGUAGCUCAGUCAACCCGAUGCUUUACGUGUUUGCCGCGCGUACCUUCCGCAGUUCUCUCCGGGAAACUGGAAUUCAGAAAUUGUUCCAGCAUCUAUCCAGCACAGCCUCAGGUGAAAGGAAUAAGGAGUUAUCAUUUGUUUCUAAGAGACAAAAUUCACACACCAGCACCUCACAGUGUCUCACAGAGACAAAACUGCCUGUAGAUGUGACUAUGGAAGAUUUGUAACGUCAACCAACAAUAACCAGUUACUCUCAAACAAAAGGAAGUGCAUGUAGCUUUAAAGGUUUUUUAUUGAACAAUUACUGUAUUGAAAAUGUGUUUUGGAAUUGUAUUCCAAUUGAAAUGACUUUAAAUAAAAUGUUUGUUUGUG